AGUGAUCAAACCUGUUAUUCAUUGAUCACACCUUAGCGCCAGUUAAAAGGUUUAUAAGGAGGUCUAUGCUACCCAUGGUCCCCUAGAAUUUUCCUGCUUUCCAAUAUCGUUGCGAUGAAGUACGAGUCACGGAAGUUCAUCGACCUCAUUCAGCGAGCUACAUCUAAGUGGGCCAAUUGGGACCCGCCAAAAAAUAUCGCAGUGGGCGAUUAUGGAACUAUCAUCAAUGAAACUGGAGAAUUUGAUUGGGAAGGAAACAUAUACAGCCCGCAUGUCCAGGAACAGCUUAAAUUGUCCAAGUACAAACUCAACAUCAACCUGGCCGAUCCAGAACUACGCCCGAAUGAACAGGAAACAGGCAACAACCACUUUAUCGUCAAAUCGUGGGGUGUCGCCACUAAGGAAAUCAAUGCCUCUGCUGAUGUCGCUGUGCUGGGUGUAGUAAAUGUUGCCCUCAAGCUCGAUUUGCAGUUUGAUGGUAACAAACCAGGAGCUGUGUUGGUCAUGCACAAGCCAAGAUACAGUAGCCUUCCUCACGACGAGCGCCUCACCAGGCUGCUCAAGUCCAUGCCUGGUGUCCUCAAAGGGAAGUACAUCGUCACCGAAGUGAUAUCCUGCGCAGCAUAUAUGAUGCAUCUGUCUGACCAAAAAGAAGAAAAGUUUUCUGUGACACUUGAAGCCGUCGGGCCUGUUACACCAGGUAUCAACACUGGAGGAACAGCCAGUUUCACCUGGUCUUCAGAAGCUGCUUAUGGCCUUUCCCGUAAAGGAUGCGACCUGGGUGUAAAAUACAUGCCGUUAUACAGGCUGAAAAUUCCUCGUCCCAAGUUCUGGGAGUGGCCUUCCAGUCACCGCGGAGAUGAGAAGAUUAAUGAUGUGAUCAACAGGCGGGAGGAUGUCGACCCACCUUGGGGCCCCCUCGACAAUGAGGGAGAAGAGCAUGAAUUCUAUGAUGCAGUACGUUAUCGAUGUUUUUAUUAGAACCUGGCUUGAUUUGUCUCUCUCCAACAGGAGAUGCAUGGUGACUUCAGCGUUUUCAAUGAUGGUUAUCCUGACAACCACGACGAUGACAACUACUGAACUAUGAUCAUUCACAAAUGGUAUUACUGCUACACCACUUGAGUUCAAGUGUCCCAAUGGCCAAAUCAUGUAACUUUGUAUGUAGACGAGCGACAUUAGUGAAAGAGUAUUAACACGAUAAUUCACGUGUUACAUGGACAAAGUGCCUUUUCUCCUCAAAUCUGAACGUCAGACGACUGCUAUUAAUGAUGUUAUGCCAGCGCUAAGCUGAUCCGUUCAACUGUGAUACAUACAUGAAAC